GUUCGGGUCAGUCGUGUUCAGACGUUGAUAAACAAAAGUCGAGUUUUCUGGGAAAGUUGAUUUGAACCGUUUGCUGAAUCAUAACAGUUUGUUAGUGCUAUUCUGCUGUGCUUGGCUAUCAGAAGGAAAGUUGUUUUUAAGGAUCUGAAUAAUCGAGUGCUUUCGACAUUUUUCACUAGGUGGAUCACUGUUGAUCGAAUCGGUGGCACGUGUUUAUUGGUUCUAUGAAACAGUCGUGUUAUUGACAGUAUGUAAUGAUUUCAGUAGGAAUCAACUUAGCUGCUCGAAGUUUUUUUUCCACAGUUUCUCGUUUGAUUCACACCAGUCAGGUUUGUACGAUUUUGAAUCAAAUAUGAUUAGCGCGUGAGUGCUGACUCGGCAAAGGAGCACAAAGGAAGAAACAAGGUACUAGUGGUGGUGAACGAGCUGAACGGACAGCAAUGGCUGCCACAGUUGAAGCAUUCAGGCGUUGAAUGGUCUCAUGUGUGCUAAUUUGUGCCACUGAUAAGCAACGGUCAGUUUAUCUUAUCAGCAAGCGAGAUUGGAUGUGAAGGUGUGCGAAAAAAAUCCAACUCGUCGCGAUGUGAUUAAUUUGUUGUUGUUGUUGUUGAAAUAUUUACGAAGCACGGUCAUGUGAAAAGAAAGAACGCAGUGAAACGAUCGCGCUAGAACUAGACGAGAUUUUUCAAAAAUAGAUUACAAAGUAAAUGCGGAAAUAGAGUGACCCAUUGCGAAAAGUUGAAACUCGUGGAAAAAAUAACAAGUGAAUGAACAUAUACCUACUACCAGUGAAGAAACACUUUUAGUAUAUAGACAGAGGCGGAAUAAAAACAUCAACAGAGUCGACUACAGCAAUACUGAGAGGUAGACGAAGGUGGAAGAAUAACACAAUACGAGGAAACCUCAUCCCCAUUAGUUAGACCAGAUAGACAAACAACCACGCUUGUUUGUGUGCUGGUCUUCAAACGCCGCGGCAAGUGGAUAGUCACAGUCUUCGAACCUUCCCGGAUUGCUGGCAUUGGUAAACACAAACCCGGAUAUGAGCGGUGUUGGCGGUGGACAAGGCACCACCAGCGGCUGCAACAUCCGCUUGUCCAGCAUUCCGGAGUUCUACGACCAGUCCAGUGCGAGCAGCAUCAACACCAUUAAACUCGAAUCGGCUUCACCCAGUCCGUCCCCUAGCACUACCUCAAUGAUGGACGCGUUGAGUAGUAAUCCUAUCCUGACCACAGCAUCGGUACCGAUUCCAUCACGCCACGCUAACCAGAGGUCCAUGGUGACCGAUCUGUCCGAGUAUGUCUUCGAUAUUGAACAAUCUCAGUCUCCACAGCUGCUGCAGGAUAUCAGCUUCGUGACAACGAGUAGCAACUCCGGCUUGCAUACUUCUACUCCGGUGGAUACCAUUUUUACAUUGCAGAAUAUUUCCGAAAGUGGUUUCAUGAGCGAUGGUAUUCAAAUUGGUACAAUGAACGUAAGUGGCUUUGGACCAACUGAAAUGUGGACGACUGAUUCAUUCGGGCAGAUCAUUUCGCCGUCUUCAACGGUUUCUUCCGUAACUAACGUCGGUGGCGGCCACACGGGUCAAUUUCAUAUGGAUGAAGACGAUAUAUAUCAGCUCGAAAAGGAUGAGUUGAUUAGUGGACCCACAUUGGGAGACAUUUUCGCUACUGAUCUUUUGCACGAGGAUUUCAUGAUGCUGAACCCUUCUCUUAAUCAUCCAUCACCCAAUCUCAGUGGUGACAGCGGAAGCGGAAGCGGGAUCCAUUUAUCACCUAGUCUGCCACAACAAAUUCUACGUUCCAAUACAAAUGCAAACACGAAUAAUAAUUUGAUUCUGACUCUUGGAAAUAACAUGCAACUAUCGAGUGAUUUAAUGUUGUCAACUACUUGCGAGAUCUAUGAUGACCAUACUCAAAUAUCCACUUCUCCGUACACAUCAAACAAUGUGAAUUCGCCAGCGGCUUUUUCGCCUGAUAGCCACAGUUCCAGUCCGUCGUUGGGUUUCUCUCAAACGCAUACCCCUCCACCACAGAGCCAUAUGCACCAGCAGCUACAAAUGAACGCCCUGAACAACAACCGAAUGAUCAAGGUCGAAAGUUCGGAGCAAAUAAAGACCCAAAAUGUAACGAACAACAAUCUGAGUCGUAGUCCCGGCAACGUUGCGCAAGUACAGUACAACCCGAAGUAUUCCACUUUACAGCAAUUGCUGAUGAGUAACACAGCCGAUCGAAGCGGAAUGUUAUUGGGACAAUCCGUGCCUGGGAACACGUCGUCCGUCCUAAUGAACGGAACGUCUCUUAGUCCGGGUGGAUUCAGUGGACGGCGCAUGAUGCACCAUCGGCACGCACAAGUUGACUCGAACCAUUCAGGCAUUUCAAGUGCUGGCGGUACAAGCGGAGGCACCAUGUCCAGGUUGUCCUCUUCUGCACCCACCCACAUCGGUGUUGAUUUGAUGAUGUGGCAACGCAGAGAGCCACGACCGCACCUGCUUUCGACGGGUAGUUUGGCCGAAGCUGGUUCAACUUCUUCGCUCAGUACUGGCAGUAUACUGAGCCCGGAGGCGCCAGAUUUUUCACACGAUGAAGGAUAUUCUGAUGAUAGCGAUCAUUACGAGGACUACUCCAGCCAUGACGAGGAUUCCGACACCGAGGACGCCGGCAGAGCCUCCGGUGGGAUGCCGUCGAGUUCCAAGGCCAAGCGAUAUUUCUGGCAGUACAACGUCCAAGCCAAGGGUCCGAAGGGCCAGCGACUGGUCAUCAAAACACAAACGGAGGAUCCGCAUGUGCUGAACGAGGUCACCGAUCCAGUCUUCAGUCCGAAUUGCUCGGUUCGCGGCAUCAAGAACCUUCGUUUACAGCACAGUGGAAAAGCCCGCAAGGGUGACGGUAACGAUCUGACGCCCAAUCCGAAAAAGCUGCACAGUAUCGGAAAGGAGCUGGACAAACUUGGUCGGGUUAUCAACGAUAUGACUCCGGUUAGCGAGCUACCGUUCAAUGCGCGACCCAAGACACGAAAGGAGAAAAAUAAGCUGGCUUCCAGGGCGUGCCGGUUGAAGAAGAAAGCCCAGCAUGAGGCCAACAAGAUCAAGCUGUACGGUUUGGAAACGGAACACAAGCGCCUGAUUAAUGGUAUCAACCAGAUGAAGAUGAUUCUGGUGAACAAAUGCAGUCAAAACCCUGGCGAACCCUCGGAAGAGCUUAAACAAAAUCUGGACGGCCUCGUUAAAGUAGCUACAAAAAUAAAAAUAGCAGGUAAUUCGACAGAAUUUGUGAACAAAAUUUUGGAGAACGUCAAAGCCGGCAACAACAUCCCGAUCGAUAAAGUGCUAGAGGAUUUUUAAAACCAGUGCGCCUAGCGGGCUGAGAGCAUGGGCGGACAGGCCAAGCCGAAAGUAUCACCAACCGAAACGAUUUGAAAGAUGAGACUGUAUGAUAAUACUAGAUUCUAAGGAACGAAAGGAUCAUUUAUAUCUUUUAACCACUCUAUAUGAAGUAUAUAGUAAUCAGUCAUACACAAAGAAAAGUGCACAUCGGAUACUAUUUACCCUAUUUUGUAUGGACACAAUCGAGCACAACAAAUACAACGGCCAUCAAUUGUGAUUAUUGGAACACUACUUAGGAAGCAAGCCUCGGUGGCGGCUGAAUGAUAUCAGGAAGUGAGAACAAAUUUUUUCAGUAGUGAUCUUUCGUGACUAAACAGGGGGCCAGUGUAACUGAUCCUGUAAAGAAUAUCGGUGAUAUCUGAUUGCGGUUCAACCGAGUGAUAAAGCAAGUAAUGGGAUAGAUGGUAGAAUCGAACUCAAAGCUCUGCCCUAUACCGGUUUAAGGAUGAAGAGGAGAAAUAGAAUGCAAGCAAAUGGUAGGUGAACAGUGCUCCUUACAAUUUGUUGAGAUUAAAUGCUCGAAAAAUUCUUAACGUUUACACUAUAAUCAACUGCUUUGGUUAGAUGCUUGCCGAGGUGCUAGAUUCGAAUCUAGUUCACGUAAUUAGAUUAGAAUUCAGCAGCAGGCUGGCAGCAUUAUUGAAGAAGAAAAAAGAAUGUAACUGAUGAUGAUAACUUAUGUACCUUAUAUAUUCAUAUAAUUAACUACCCUUUAAGCUCCAGUUUGUACGAUUACCGCGAUAAGAGGAUUUAUUACGAGUGGUAGCAUUAAGCAAAAAGAUGGUAAUAGUGUUGCAAAUGUUUCAGAGCUGGCAAAAUUUUUACUAUUAUACAACCAUAUUGUCUAUAGUGAUUAGUUUGACCUCCUUGUUGCACAUUGGGGCAUAGCAUGUAAUGUCCAAUGCGAGUAUAAUAAUAGGUUAACCCUUUCUUAUUUCAUUUACUUCGGAAAAGUGAAAAUGACGUGUUUUGUUCUGUAAAUUACAGAGAGUUAAUAUUAGAGCGUAUACCUACCAUAUUUCUCAAACCGAACGUAGGAAAGACGAUGGGAUGUUUUCACUUUUUUGAAAAUAGUUGUUCUCUCUCGUUGGUAAUGUUUCGAAAUGUUUUAGUUGCCGUGAUGGCUAAUUUUUCCGGUACGCGUACGAGUGUGAAAUAUUUGUUUCGCCCACUGACAAGAACCGAUUUGCGCCGGCAAUUAAUCUAAGUUUAAACAGUGCAUUUAAGCAUGUCAUGCUACUGAAACAUUUCUCGUGCCUCGGGAGAGUUGACACAAUGGUUAUAUUUUAAGUUAUGUUCAAGUUUUCCAUUUUGUAUUCUUUUAGUUUGUUCUAAUUAAACGACAUCUGUGAUUACCUUUGUUAGUGAGUGUCUUUUUGGUUUUUCUUUUUAUAGCGGUAGGAGUUUGUUCUGUAUAAGGUUUGCGUACUUGUUAAGAGUAUAGGAUUAUGGAAUUCAAAAUCGUUCAUUGGCGCUAUUGGAGAAAAAAGUAUGGGUUAAGAAACGAUAUUAAACGGUUCCUACAAAAUUAAAUAUGGCUUGACGAUAAGGAACAAUAUUAUCGCUAUAUACGGUUUGUGCUCUUAGCUUUAUGUUUUGUUCACGGAGCUGAACUCAAGAGUAAUCCAUAACCCGCAUUUUAUUGUAUUUUGACCGAUUGUUUAUACAUUAUCAUAGGCAUACACAUGGGAAAGUCUCUUCUCUCAGUUCAAACCAUAAACGCCAAAAUAGAUUCGAACAGAUACUACCAGCGAAGGGAACAUUUUGCAAAGAUUGAAUGUAACACGAAUCAUAACGGGAACCUUAGCGGAUAUCAUGUGUGGGUACCUGUAGGAACAAACAAGCUACAAAACAGAUAUUUAGGAAUCUAUAAUUAGAUUUAGUGUACACUGGAAAAUUAAUCUGGUCAAAACUACUACCUCAAUAAAAUUGACAAGCUCUAACGAUAGCACCGAAAGUAUGUACCAAACGUAAAUAACGAAACAGAACGCUGAAAACAUAGUUUUGACCAAGCGGAAUGAUGCAGCAUUGAUCGGUACCGGUAAACAGAGUAUGUCAGAUGCCAUAAACGAGUAAAGCUCCAGAAAGGAAACAAAACAAAUAUGUCGUUGUGAACGCAUUACGAAAAGACUCAAAAGGUCGCCACCAUAAAAACCGAUUCCCUCAGUGGGAUAUACACAUUUUGACUCAAACUACACAUUUGAAUUUUUUGAAAAAAAAAAAUUAACAACCCGUCUAAAAACAAUUUAAGUCAUCAUCGUAUGGACAAACUGGAUAGUUUCACUACAUUUGACCUAUAUUUGUCAGUAGACUCUAGUAUGGUUCAGCAACAGUUCUGACACAAAAGCUUAUUAUAUAUUUCAUACAAAAAUGUAAUAGCUGUGCUUAUGUUAACUAAGAUGAUAUAAGCAUUCAAAAUAAAAAGCCUAAAACAA